CUUCGCCGGCAUGCCCGGUCGCAGAUCGAUGCAGUUUCCAAGCUUGAACCUUUUACUUCUUGUAGCAUUUAACAUUCCAUCGAGUCUUCUAAGAUAAUUUGCUGCGAAAAGGACUGCCCAGAGUUCAGUCUUCAUUUGGAUCGCGAUCGAUCAGCUACGCUUAAAGAUCUUUCUUUUGAGUAAAUUCAUUCACUACAUUACAAGCACGUAACGUUCAUUCAGCAAAUUAUAGUACUUUCGGCUGCGCGUAGUGCUCCACCGUUUCAAUCUUGCCACCUUCCGAGUGUCUUUCAUCCAAUAGAGAUAAUCUAAGUUAUUCAGUAUCAGUAUCGAUGAUCCCUGAUAGGUUUUAUCUCGUUUACACAUUAAUUGUAUUACAAGGAAUCUCAGUGCAAUGUCGAAAAAGAGGUCACAUAAAGCCACACGAAAUAGAUGAGAAUUUACUCUCACAACGCUGUGAACUGCUAUGUCUACUAAGGACAUCAGAAAAGUGCACAUGUCGACAUAAUUUAUCAGAACUCUCUAAAAAACCAGGACGCUGUCCAAAUAGUACAAAUUCUAUAUUAGAAAAAAUAUGUUUAGAUGAUUGUAAGGAAGGAAACGACUAUGAAUGUCCAGGAACAAAAGUUUGUUGCAAACAAGACUGUGGUUAUUCUUGCCAGGAUGCCGUUGGAUUAGAAGAUGAUCCUGACUUGCCUUCAAUUCCGUUCAACAUUUCUGUAUCAGAAAGGCGUUGCAAUGGGAAAAUGUGUGAAAUAUCAUGGAAAAUUCAUCAAAACAAAGCUCAAAUGUUACCCGUAUUUUUCGUUGUGGAAACGCGGUCGCAUGUCGGCAAUGUGUUUUCUCAGAGGAAACUUAGCCCCUGGCAGUGGUGCAAUUUUCAGAAAAUGGCAGAAGUUUUAGAUCAUGCCACAAUGAUUAAAAAAACUGUUGUCUCGAUUAAACUGAAGCUGGGGUUGUGGUAUCAAAUUCGAGUUGCUGCAAUCAACAAAUACGGAUACCGCGGAUACUCAAACUAUUCCGAGGAAUUCCGACUGACAGACCAAAAUCACGAUGCAGAGCCCAAACCUCCUCGGCCGCCCAAAAAUUUGAAAGCAUAUCCGAUAGGAUAUUGGCCAAAUGAUACUGUCGUAGCGAGGGUCACCUGGUCUGCGCCGAAGUCAGACUUGCCCAUUGAUCGUUAUAAAAUUUCCUGGGCUCGGCAUUUUAAUGAUAAUGUUUCCCUGUAUUUGUACCAUGACUACGUGAAAGAGCCAAAGACUUCCUACGAAAUAACGAAUUUACAACGAGAUUCGCUCUACUACGUACAACUUCAGGCUAUUUCUACAAACGGAAGGAAAAGACUGAAAUCCUCAAAUGAAUCAAGAAUGCUGGAUACUACGACUGAUGUUCUGUUGAAUCCGUCUGAAGCUAAUGCGCUUUUGAUAGAAGACGAAGCCGAGAUCCGGUAUCAAUUUCAACCGAGUAAAAAGUAUGGAAUGCUAGUUCGCGUCUCCAGUGACUGCAGUUUCAAUGGAAGUUAUCUAAUAUACAUUGCAGUUUUGUGGAGCUAUGUUGCGGGACAGAUGACUGCGAAACAAAAGAAUAUGGUGCUGUUCGUCCACGGAAGGACCAAAUCAUAUUUAGUAAACUCAAAUUCAAUACAGAAUACACCUUGCGAGUAUUCUACCGGAAUAGCGUGCGGAGGAAAGAAAUAACAAAGACAUUUGUGACACCGCAGUGUGAAAAGUUCAAAAAAUCUCAUCCUAACUUAAGUAUUAAAUGCUAAUUAUAAUUAUUUCUAUACAGUUAUUAUUAUUAAAUUUAUACAAUAGCUAGUAUUAAAUAAAA